AGACGAAAGGGAACGGGAACAGGCGCUUGUUAACCCGUUACGUAAGAAGAUAGCGCCUGACACCACUCCCAUGACAAAGAUCCUGUAGGAUCGGACGUCUAUUCCGAGCGAACGAGGAGCGCUGGGAUCUCCAUCAAUGGCGCCGCCGCAGCGAGGGGAGGUGGGCGGCCAAGGAGGCCAAGACCCCCCUGCCGGAGUGAGCGUCCGCGUGCUGCUGUUCGCGGGCGCGCGCGAGCUGGCCGGCACCGCGGAGGGCGUGCUGACGGGGCUGCCCGCCGACACGGACGAGGCCGCGCUGCUGCAGCGCGUCACCGAGGCCUUCUCGCUGCACGCCAUGGCCGGCACCUUCAUCCUGGCGCUCAACCAGGACUUCGUGGCGGCGGGCGACGCCCUCCGGCUGCGCGACGGCGACGAGGUGGCCGUCAUCCCGCCCCUCAGUGGCGGCUGAGGACGCCGAAGAUCGCUCUAUCGCUGGACUUCCCCCGGGAAUGAGAUCCUCUAUCGACUGUUUAGCUAUGUAUUAUUACCAUUGUUAUUGUUAAUGUUAUUGUGGUUCAGCUCAGAGAGUAUAUAUUUUGUAAUUUUAUAAUUAUGUGUUCGUCUUGGUGCGUUUCACCGCGUGAAUUUGCAUCCUGUUGCUGUGAUACGACUUGUUAAACAUCCUGUUACCCGUGGCAAUAAACACCGGUGCGUGUGAAA